GGUGCUUCCUCCAGUCUUGUUGUGAAAUUUGCCGAUACUGAGAAGGAGCGACAGAUACGACGUAUGCAACAAAUGGCGGGUCAUAUGAAUUUACUUAAUCCCUUUGUCUUUAAUCAAUUUGGACCAUAUGGAGCUUAUGCGCAGCAACAGCAAGCCGCUUUAAUGGCCGCCGCUGCCACUGCACCCGGCUCUUAUAUGAAUCCGAUGGCCGCAUUGGCAACGCAAAUACCUCAUGGCUUAAAUGGCACCGGUCAGCCAUCGCUGCCCUCACCGACCAUGCCAAAUUUCAAUAUGGGCGCUCAAACGCCAAAUGGACAACCGGCUGCUGCAGCGGCCGCAGCAGCUGCCGCCGCCGCUGAUGGCGUCUUUACGAAUGGCAUUCCGCAGACGGCAUUCCCGGGACAUCCACUUCAUUUAACGAUUCCACCACAAGGUCUGCCAAAUGGUGAUGCUGCCGCCUUACAGCAUGCCUUCACUGGAAUGCCACCAUUUCCAGGAGUUGCCUUUCCCGCCGUUUAUGGACAAUUUCCACAAGCUUUACCACCACCUCUAGCGGCGGUUGCACCCACUCAACGCGAAGAUUUUCUGAUGUUCCCAGGAUGUUCGAUUUCCGGGCCGGAGGGUUGUAAUCUAUUCAUAUAUCAUUUGCCGCAAGAGUUCGGCGAUGCGGAGUUGAUGCAGAUGUUCCUGCCAUUUGGUAAUGUGAUCAGUUCAAAGGUCUUCAUUGAUCGUGCUACAAAUCAGAGUAAAUGUUUUGGUUUUGUUUCAUUCGAUAAUCCUGCCAGCGCUCAAGCGGCCAUUCAGGCAAUGAAUGGCUUCCAGAUUGGCAUGAAAAGACUGAAAGUUCAACUAAAGCGGCCAAAAGAUGCCAGCCGACCCUAUUAACAAUCGGAGUUCCUUAAAGCGUUACACAACAUAAACAAUUACAAACGAUUACUUCUUGCGAAAAUAAUGAUGAAACAGUAAUUCCAAAAGCAACAACAAAAAAGAUAUAUAUACAACCAAAAAACCCCUAUUACAAAAUAGAACAAAAAAAAAUUGAAACAAAACUAGAUAAAAGCGCAGCAGGCAAAACUCUAAAUUCAACAACAGUCAGCAGUAGAAAUACCCAGAAGCAGCAGCAGCAGCAAUCGUGGUAAAAAAUACCAGUAAUGUAGUCUUCAGAUUCCGUAUGAGGUUAAAAGUUUGAGCCCAUAAGAUGAAUCCACUCAGCAAAAAAAAAAAAAA